AUGUCCUUUCUUUUCAAGUCGAAGAAGAACCAGCAGCAGAACCAGAGCCAAAGCCAAAGCCAAAUCCAGAGCCAUGCUUUGAACCAUAGCCAGCCACCUCCCCCUGCGGCCGCGACGAGGAAUAUCCACACAUCCGAAGGGACGGGUUCGGCUCCAACGUCGAACCCGUCCAGUUCGCUAAAUGGUAUUCGGGAGGUCGAGAGAGAUAGCGAGCCAGCUCAGCAGUUUGGGUCAAGCAGCAGCUCUAUUCCUGCUCCUGCUCAAGUAAACUCUUCAUCGCCCAGCCCGAAUCAGCCACCACCCAAUGCCCGCAGAGAUCGGGCGGAUUCAGAGCCAAAGGCACUGCGCAACCAGCCUGCUAAUGGGGUACAACAACCUGCCGCUCCCAACCACGCGCUCUACCCUUGGUCACAACGGCGCAUGAACUUCCCUUCACCGCAACUCACGCCUUUCCCUCGAUAUGGUGCUGCGAUCAAUGCCAUUGCCUCUGCGGAAGGUGAUAUAUACUUGAUGGGUGGUCUAGUAGACGGUUCGACCGUCAAAGGUGAUCUGUGGAUGAUAGAAAACAGUGGGAACAAUUCCACAUGUUUCCCGAUCUCACCCGUCACCGAAGGGCCAGGCCCCAGAGUUGGACAUGCUAGUUUACUCGUUGGAAAUGCUUUAAUUGUUUACGGAGGUGAUACGAAGAUCCAUGAUAAUGAUACCCUUGAUGAUACCUUGUAUUUCCUCAACACUUCUUCCCGACAAUGGUCUUGCGCCGCCUCCCCGGGACCUCGUCCGCCUGGAAGGUACGGACAUUCAUUGAACUUGCUCGGGUCAAAGAUUUAUGUCUUUGGUGGUCAAGUGGAAGGCUUCUUCUUUAACGAUUUACUUGCUUUUGAUCUCAAUGCCAUGAACAACCCGGGGAAUAAGUGGGAGUUCCUUCUUAGAAACAGCCACGACGAUGGUCCUCCCGUUGGACAGGUUCCUCCUGCACGAACUAAUCACACAAUGGUUACGUUUAACGACAAGCUUUAUCUAUUUGGAGGUACUAACGGAGUGCAAUGGUUUAACGACGUCUGGGCCUAUGAUCCAAGAGGAAACUCCUGGACGCAAAUUGACUACGUCGGAUUUACUCCGACUCCAAGAGAAGGCCAUGCUGCUACCUUAGUCGGCGAUGUAAUGUACGUUUUUGGUGGACGAACAGAGGAAGGCGUUGAUCUUGGAGACUUGAUUGCGUUCCGUAUCUCGAUCCGACGAUGGUACUCUUUCCACAAUAUGGGCCCUGCACCCUCACCUCGAUCAGGCCACAGCAUGACUACCCUUGGUAAAAACAUCAUAGUUCUUGCAGGAGAGCCCAGCUCUGCUCCUCGAGACCCGAUGGAACUUGGCCUUGUCUAUGUUUUGGAUACUACUAAAAUUAGAUACCCUAAUGAGCAACCCACCUCCCCUACUGGAGAACGGCCGCCCCGGAGAGUUGCACAGGAUGGAAGGCCUGCAGGUCAAUCUGGCCGAACAUCUCGUGAGGCUCAACAUGUUAUUCCUGAUGCUCAGCGCCGGGGACCGCUGGGUCCGGCUAGGGACCCUAACGGAAGCCCAGCGGGUGGUUCCAGGUUACCAAGGGCUUCUAUUGCUCAGACACCAGCCGGACCACCUCCAUCUGGUCAAGCACCUCACCCAAGAGCUAAUGCUAUUCCCCCUCAAGCUAAAAAACAGCAAGCGGCACAGCAACAACAUCCUCACCAACAGCAGCAGCAGCAACCACAACAGCAAACGCAGCAACAGCCGCACCAACAAACGCAGCAGCAAACACAGCAAUAUCAGCAGCAGCAGCCAUCCGGGAAGCCUGAUAGGAGUGUUUCUUCCUCCUCAGAUCAUAAUCGAUCAUCCGAGAAAGACCGACAGCACAGCCGAGAUACAUCAGUUCAGGGAAGUAACAAAGGGGUUCGUGAGCACAGCCCGAUGACUACUGCAACUCGCCAACAGCAUUCAUCAUCACGACUUUCUGCACGCGCAAUGGAGGCGGGAGAAGCUGCUCCGAUGGUAACUCCCGCGCGACAACGGUCACUCAGACAGCAAAGACAGCAAAAUUCAAUUGACAGCGUGGACGAUUCAAUACUCGCUUCGGAAAACAGGGCUUACAGGAACUCCAGGAGUCUCACAGACGAACCACGCUCACCGCGCCUUACUGCCCAUCAGGAAGCUUUGAUAAAGGAGUUGGAGACCAUGAAAACGAAAAAUGCAUGGUACGUGUCUGAACUUGCGUUAGCUCGCAAGGCAGGCUACACUCCAUCGUCCGCUCCUGGUAGUUUUGAAGAGCGGUCGGUAGAUUCCUUUAAUGAAGGAGACCGUCCAUUAGUGGAAAUGUUACUUGCCAUGAAGACGGAACUAGCUAAAAUGCAGGCCAACGUUGAUCGUCAAGCUGGCAUUGCUUCCAAACGGGUUGCAGAAGUUGAACACCAGCGAGAUAUAGCUUUGAAUGAGGCGGCUUAUGCUCGUGCUAGGCUUGCAGCUCAUGGUGGAGGCGGAGGAAGUCAGGGUGGUACACCAAUGUCCGAGAUGAGCAAUCGUGAUCUUGACGAAAGCAACUCCCAGCGCGCUACCGAAAUUACUCGGCGUCUAGCUCUUGCUCUCACUGUACAGAACGAAUUGAAAGCAAAGGUCGAGUCGUUAUCUUUGGAACUUCAGGAGGAGAAACGGGCGAAGGAGCUGGCCGAGGAACUCCACGAGAUGACGAACAAAAGACUGACGGAACUGGAACUUCAGAAUAACCCUCUCGAAUUGGAGAGCAUGCGGGUAGAGUUACAUCAGCUUCAGUCUUCGUACCGAGAAGAGACAGCUGCGCGUUCCGAGGCCGAGGCUGCGCUGAAGAUGCUUCAAGUUGACUAUGCUGAACUUGCUGAAAAGCAUGAAGAUAUUUCCAGCCGUAUGGAGAAUCAUGGGUUGAACGUUGUAUCUCUUCGAGAUGCAGUGCAAGCAUCUGUUGCCAAAGCAGAGCUUAUGGAGCAGAAACUCGAAGAGGAACGCCAGCACCGCGAUACAAUUGAAAGGAAGCUGUUACAGUUGAGAGCAGAACAUGAAGAGCGCACCACAGAGCUCGAAAAUACCGCUAGGCGACUUAGGGAAGCGGAAGAGCUUGCCGACACUCAUGCUAAGGAGGCUGAGAGCCACAAGAUUGCCCUUCUAUCUGGAUUCGACCGUGUAGCUAGUCGGGACUCUGACAAGAAUAACUCCUUGACAGAUCAGCGGGUUGCUGUGCUUCAGUCCCAGGUUGAGCGUGCCAAUGAGCUGGUGAAGACUAGCCAACAGGCUGCGGACUCUGCUGCCGAAAAGUUACGUCGUGCUGAAGAGCGGAUUGCUGGUCUUGAAGCCUAUCAGGAACAGAGCAGCAGGGAAGGACUACAGCUUCGAAGACAGCUCCAGGCCGCCUUGAAGGAGAAUCAGACGCUCAACGUCGAGAAUCGCGAGGUGAAGGCUCAACUCGAGAACCAGCAACGUGAUACCAAUGCAUUGGCCAUCCAGCAUGGAGCUCUCAAGGACCUGCUUGGUGAGCGUGGAAUGAAUAUGUCUGAUAGCAGACGAUCCCCUAUGCUGGAUUCACCAGGAUCACGCUAUGGAACACCCGAGCAAAACCGACUGCGCGAACUCGAGCAGCAGCUACAGUCCAGCUUGAAGGCGCAUGAGGAGACCAAGUCCAGCUUCGAGUACCGAGAGCAGGAAGUAGGCCGCGCUUACAGCGAGAAGCUUGAGCAGCUUGAGAAUGACUACCAGUCCGCCGUCCAUUAUGUGAAGGGAACAGAGAAGGUGCUGAAACGCAUGAAAGAGGAGCUGGCAAAAUACAAGUCCCAGACGGCCAAAUUGCAAGCUGAGCUAGCUGAAGUGUCUAACAAUUCGGAGGCUGGAGCUUCGCGAGAGGUUGCAGCACCGCCCGAGUGGGAAGCCGAGCGUGAUACGCUCCACCAGUCCAUCUCCGAACUUCAAUCAUCUACAGCAGCAUCCAUAUCGUCUCUCGAGAACAAGCUGUUGGCCGUCCAAGCCGAACUCGCCUCCGUACAGAAGAAGUAUGACGAAUCCCGCAGCGAGCAAGAAGCCCUGCAGGCCGAACUCUCAAGCACCACGGAGAAGGGCCUGCGUGACCUCGAGCAGCUCAAGAAGGAGAACAUCCUUCUUGAAUCCCGCGCAAUGGACGCCGAGAAGAAAGUCUCGAUGCUUCUGGACCAAGUUGAAUCCUCCGUGACCAACUACCGCCGCCAAUCUCAACAGGUAGCCAGCAACAUGAACGCGAACGGGGCUAACCUGAGCCGCAAUGUCAGCAACGCUUCCAGCGCCGCCAACGGGCCCCACGCCAACCGGCCGCGAGCGGACAGCAACGUCUCGCAGGACGACACGCUCUUGAACCACCGCGGCUCGAUGGCGCUGGACUCACUGGCGAACGAGCUGGAUGCACUUCGCAGCCACUGGGAGACGGCAAACCGCAGCUACAGAAUCAGCACGCAGUUUGACUUUGACCAGACGCCCACGAAGGAGACAUAUAGCGAGGGACUAAGCGACAGUCUUGCAAACUGGCGCCGUCGACUGGACGAGGAGGAAGCGCGCGCCGACGAACCGAGUUCCAGCCAACAACAGCAGUCUCCAAAUAUCCCAACACCGCAACCUGCUCAACCUGUUGCUGCUGGCAAUAUACUAUGA